UCGCCGAGCUCCAGCCAAAGGAGAAGGGGGGUAAGUAAGGAGGUCUCUAUACCAUGGCUCGUACAAAGCAGACUGCCCGCAAAUCGACCGGUGGUAAAGCACCGAGGAAGCAACUCGCUACAAAAGCCGCUCGCAAGAGUGCGCCCUCUACUGGAGGGGUGAAGAAACCUCAUCGUUACAGGCCUGGUACUGUGGCACUCCGUGAAAUUAGACGUUGUCAGAAGUCCACUGAACUUCUGAUUCGCAAAUUUCCCUUCCAGCGUCUGGUGCGGGAAAUUGCUCAGGACUUCAAAACAGAUCUGCGCUUCCAGAGUGCAGCUAUUGGUGCUUUGCAGGAGGCAAGUGAGGCCUAUCUGGUUGGCCUUUUUGAAGACACCAACCUGUGUGCUAUCCAUGCCAAACGUGUAACAAUUAUGCCAAAAGACAUCCAGCUAGCACGCCGCAUACGUGGAGAACGUGCUUAAGAAUCCACUAUGAUGGGAAGCAUUUCAUUCUUUAAAAAAAAAAAAAAAAUCUCUUCUUCCUGUUAUUGGUAGUUCUGAACGUUAGAUAUUUUUUUUCCAUGGGGUCAAAAGGUACCUAAGUAUAUGAUUGCAAGUGGAAAAUAGAGGACAGAAAUCAGGUAUUGGCAGUUUUUCCAUUUUCAUUUGUGUGUGAAUUUUUAAUAUAAAUGCGGGGACAUAAAGCAUUAAUGAAAGUCAAAAUGUUUCAGUGAACAAGUUUCAGCAGUUCAACUUUAUAACAAUUAUAAAUAAACCUGUUAAAUUUU